GUUUAUGGAUGGCCUACAAUGACGAGCGGCAGACCGCGACGGGCAAGGCAGCCGGGAAGUUUCCGCCGCUACGCUCCGGCCUCGGACCCUCCCCAUCUCCAUCUACAUUGCCCAUACGGACCAAACUCCACCUCCAUUAAACAAAACAAUGGCGCAUGCCCGAGGCCAAGGCGGCCAGCAUAUAGAACAAGUCCGCCUUGUUGUUUACACCGGCCAUGUGGCACGCCUCCACGCCGCGCCGGCCGUCCUUGGCUCCUACAUAACGCCCCUCCACUGCUCUCACUCCCUUUGAUGUCUUCUUCCCCCACCACAAGCUCCACCAACAACUCGCCAUUGCCGCUGCACUAGCCUGCUGCUAGCUGGUAGCUCUAUCUACGGCAGCAAGCGAGGAGAGCGCGUGAAGGGGUCGAGAUGGACCGGCUGGUGAUCCCGGAGCCGACGAACGAGGUGGUGGUGCGGGUGGAGCCGGGGCGGCCGGCCAGGGGGGAGCUCACGCUGCGCAACGCCAUGCACACCAUGCCCGUCGCCUUCCGCCUGCAGCCGGCCGUCAGGGGCCGCUUCGCCGUGCGCCCGCACACCGGGAUCCUGGCGCCGCUCGCCGCGGUCACCGUUGAGGUGCUCUACAUGGCCUCCGAGGCGCCCGACGGGCCCGGCGGGGGAGGCAGCCGCGGGGAGGACGCCUUCCUGCUGCACAGCGUGGUGGCGCCCGGCGCCUCUGUCAGGGAGCCCGUCUCCGCGCUCGACUCGGUGAACCCUGAGUGGUUCUCCGCGAGGAAGAAGCAGGUGUUUGUCGACAGCGGCAUCCGGGCGUCCUUCGUGGGCGCCGAGGUCGCGGCGCGCCUCGUCGCCACCGGGGCCGUGGAGGCGCUCAGGGAGGUGCUCGACCGCAGCGACCCCGCGUGGCGCGCCGCGGACGCCGCCGACGAGUCCGGGAGCACGCUGCUCGACCUCGCGGUGGGCCUCGGCCGCGCGGACAUCGUGCAGGUGCUCCUCGAGUACGGCGCCGACGCCGACAAGCCCAGCCGCGGACGGACACCCCUCGAGAUCGCAGCGGCGUCCGGCGAGUGCCUCAUCGCGGAGCUCCUCCUCGCCAACGGAGCCAAGCACGCCGGCUCCGACGCGCUCCACGUGGCCGCCGCGGCGGGACACGACGAUGUCUUGAAGCUGCUUCUUGGAAAGCCCGCGCCUGCUUCUCCCGGCUCCUCCUCCUCAGCUUCCUUCUCCGGUUCCUUCACGUCCAUCGACGCGGCAGGGAGGGAGGGCAAGACCCCACUGCGGCUGGCGGCGGAGGGUGGCCGGCGGGAAGCGGUGAAGGCGCUCCUGGCGGCCGGCGCGAGGGCCGACGCGAGGUGCGGCACGGAUGGCGGCACCGCCCUCCACGCCGCGGCGAGGCGGGGCGACGAGGCCGUGGCCCGCCUGAUCCUGGCGCACGGCGUGGCCGGCACGGCCUCGGUGCGCGACGCGAAAGGGAAGACGGCCUACGAGACCGCGGCCGAGGAGGGCCACACCGGGCGGAUCAUGGACUUCCUAGGGCUCGGCGAGGCGAUCCUGGCGGCCGCGCGCAAGGGCGAGGCCCGGGCCGUCCGUCGGGCCGCGGACGGCGGCGCGUCCGUGGAAGGGCGGGACGCGCACGGGUGGACGCCGCUGAUGCGCGCCGCGUUCAAGGGGCGCGCCGACGCGGUUCGCGACCUCAUCGAGCGGGGCGUCGACUUGGAGGCGUGCGACGCCGAGGGCUACACGGCGCUGCACUGCGCCGCCGAGGCGGGGCGCUCGGACGUGGUGGACAUCCUCCUAAAGGCCGGGGCCAACGCCAGGGCAGCGACGACGAAGGGGAGGACGGCCGCAGCCUCCGCGGCGGUCACGGGCAAGGCCAAGGUGGUGCGGCUGCUGGAGAAGGCCGGCGGGGUCGGGCGGAAGGGCGCCGGUGAGAAGGCGGCGCCGGCGGUGGCCAAGGGCGGGAGCAUGGACAGGCGACGGAGGGGGAGGAAGGGAAGCAGUGGCGCCAUACGGUUCGGUGGCGGGAAGGAGGGGUACGAAGCCGCCACGGUCACCGUCGGGUGGUCCCACUAGCGGUUGGUAAACUUUGGGGGUUUUGGUUGAAAAAAUGAAAUGGCCCGUCGAGAGAAAAUGCAUGGGAGGUUUUUUAAUUUGUUUUCAAGGCACCGAUGUGUUUUUACCGUGGUACUCUAGUGUAAUGUAUACACUUUGUAUAAAUGGAAUUGUUCAAAGGUUUCAUUGCUCGCAUGUUGCAAUAAGAUGAUGCUUGUCUUUA